AUGUGUUCCACUGUUGCACAUAAAAGAUUUUCAAAACCAUCUUCUGUAUAUCCUUCCACUACAUUAAAGUUAAGAUUAUGUAAAGCCCAUCGGUCGAUAUUAGACUCUCCUAUUCAUCUAACCACUUAUUUUGUGAGAACAAUUGAAGAAUUAAAGAAUCAAAUCAUUUCACAAAAAAAUCUUAGAAAAAAAGCAAAUGAUAUCAUUUUAUGUAUGCUCAAUGAAAAAUCUGUCUGGCAACGUCUGAAUGAUUCGGAUAAAAAUAUAACUCUACAUCAACUGGAUUUACGAGAUUAUGAUUUUAUUGACGUUGAUGUGAUUGAAAUAUCAAAAGAAAGCUCAUUAUCAACAAUUACCAUAUAUCCAACAGAUCCUAUUUUAUCAUCUUCUAUACUUCCUUCUGACGCUAACUGUACACAGAAUAUUGCAUCAAAUUUUACUACAGACAAAAUAACACUCUUUUUAUAUAAUAAACCUCGUAUAACUGCACAGUACAUAGCUAUUUCAAUGUUGAGAACAUCAACCAUCAAUGACGUAAAAAUAAAAGCAAUGAAUGUACUAUCUAUACAUGAAACCUCUUCCGAUCCAGUACAACUUCUAUUAUAUAUUGAUGGUUCAUGGAAAAAGUUCGAUAAAGAAAAAGGAGAUAUUACAUUACAACAAUUACAUAUUGAUAAUUAUACAUCUAUAAGCAUAGAAAAGCAAUCCGUCAUCAGUUAUACUCGAGGUUUGUGUGGUUUAACGAAUACUGGUAAUACUUGUUUUAUGAACAGUGCACUACAGUGUUUGAGUAAUAUCCCCGAUUUAACAAAUUAUUUUCUUGAUUUUCAUGAGAAUAACAACAACAAUAACCGGAACAUAUCCGUAACUCUAGCUUACAAAAACUUGAUUCAAUCAAUGUGGUCUGGAAAACAUUCAUAUUUUGUACCAAAAGAAAUAAAAUAUUGUGUAAGUCAAAUAGCUCGACUUUUUUCUGAUAAUAGACCACAUGAUUCUCAUGAGUUUAUUAACUGUAUAAUUAAUGUAUUAUAUAAUGAAUCAAUCAACAAUGAGAGUAGUAAUAAAUUGACGAAAAUUAAAGAGAUAUUUUAUGGACAAUUAUUAUCAACAGUAAAAUGUCUUCAAUGUCCAUCAACAGAAAUAGUAACUGAAUUAAUUAAUUUUCUUCCAUUGCCAUUAGCCAAAUCAAAUAAAGACAGCGCACAAGAACAAAAUUUAUUUAAAAUCGAUUAUAUACAGAUAAAUGGUAAUCAUGAAUCAAUCUUAGUUGAAUUAUCAAAGAAAAAUAGUACACUCGAAACACUAAUCGAAAAGUUUAUUAAUAAUUAUAUAGAGAAAAGUAUAUUAGAAUUAUCCUCAACAAACACAACAGAAACAUCAUCCGAAGUAUUGAUACCUGAACGUGAUCGAGUAUUAAUAGCAAAACUAAAAGAAAAUCGCUUUAUUUACCCUUACACAGAUAUUAAUCUACUUUUACCUUACAACUAUGAGAAGCAUAUUACUGUAUUUGAAUUGCCUAUCAAUAAUCGAAGUGUAAUAAUACCUUGUUUUUUCAAAGAAACCGAAACGUAUUAUUAUUUUCGUCCACCAGUCCAACUUUUAAUAUCAACUAUGGAUAAUUUUGAAAAACAUUUGAAUAGAAUAUUACAUCAUAUUUUUUCUGUUACUAAUGAAAAACGUGUCGAUAAUAUCUAUUGGAAAAAGAAAGAUUGUUAUGAUAAAUAUGAAUUAAAAUUUGAUAUAGAAUUAGAUUUACCAGCAAUAGCUGAAAUUACAAUUGAAUUAUCAAGACCAAUUGUAUUAAAAUAUGAAACAUAUUCUGCUAAAAAAAAUUUAAUUAAUAUGAACGAUGCACCAUUAACGCUUGUCAAUUUAAUGAGCGAUUUUUUUAAAGAAGAUUUAUUAGAUGGUAGUUAUUAUUGUCAGAAAUGUGAUGCUAUGACACAGGCUAAGCAAAAAUCAGAUAUAUGUUUGCCAUUACCAAUAGUAUUAAUUAUACAAUUAAAACGCUUUCAGAUUAAUAGUAGUUAUUUUAAUGAUAAAAUUAAUACAUUAAUCGAAUAUCCAAUAAAUGAUUUUGAUUUAAGUAAAUAUAUUAAAGAUGAUAUGAAAAUAAUGAAUAAAAAAAUACCAUUAUAUGAUUUAAUUACUGUAUCAAAUCAUUCAGGCAGUACACCGUCAUUUGGUCAUUAUACGACUUAUGCUAAAAAUUUUCUCGAUGGACAAUGGUAUUCAUUUAAUGAUUUAUACAUUAGAAAAAUAACAAACAAGAAAGAUCUUAUAACAGACAAUGCUUAUGUCUUAUUUUAG